AUGCUGCCACAUGUGAUCGUCACGCUGUUAUCAUGCGUCACUCACGUGAUCAGUGAGUUCCAAUGUCAAGGUACCUGCUAUUCGGGAUCUUUCCCAAAGAACAAGCAAGUCAUCAAGGGAAAACAUCUCAGAGGAUACUCCUACAAGAACAUUACCAUUAAGGUUCCAUGCACGUGCUUCUCGUCCUGUGUCAAUGACUGUCGUUGUAAGGCGUUCCAGAUGAAAGAUGUCAGGUGUGAGUUGCUGGAUGAGGACAAGACUUCCAAGGCAGAAGACUUUGUAGAUGAGACAGGAUACGUGUACUAUGAUCUACAACAGACAUUCUAUAAAGGGAAAUCCCACAUGGUUCAUCCUGCGGGUGUGUGCUAUAAUGGAUGCUGUAGAAAGAGUCAGUCUUGUAUGAACGGAGGAACCUGUGUAGAACACUGUGAGAAACCAAAAGUCAAGUUCAGCUGCAAGUGCCCAGUCACUUACAAAGGAAACGUCUGUGAAAAGAGAGAGUUCAGUUCCUGCAUUGAUGUGUUGAAAGGAUCUGCACCAGGUACCAUGCCAGCAAAUGGUACCUACAUUAUCACCCGUAGUGAUACCAAGACUACUGUACCCGUCUAUUGUGCUUUUGAAAGUCCAAACCAGGCCUGGACUCUCAUCGAAUCUUUCUCUCUACAAAAKAACGAUAUUUUGUAUAAGACGAAAGYCUUCCAUCAGGAUCAUCCGAGGAACCAGAAAUCCCAUAACUGGAACGACUAUCGUYUGUCRCUAAGCAGCAUGCAGUACAUCCAAACCAAGGCCACCAUGUUCAGAGCUACAUGUGAGUACCAAAACAGAGAUUCUCUUACUCCUGAYCUUUUGCUUGGAUACAAGAAAGACUUUGAUAUCAUCAAUAGUGGGGAACAAAAUGRAUACUGUCCAAAAAUGUCUUACGUGAACUUCAAAGGAUAUGAGUUCCAAUGGCAACAAGUAACAAUAUGGCAGUUAAGAGAUGAGUGCCAUUUACACGUGGAUAUCUCAUUGUGUUUGUGUGGAUUCACGCCACCUGCAGCAUCAUACAUUCAUGACGAAGAUAACUUCGGAAAAUAUGGAACUACAAAUCCAAAAUUCAAAUGCACUGCAACACGGCAGUCUACCACACAGUGGUGGUUAGGAGAACAGCUAUAGGGUGACCACACAGCACAUCAAAUGACCUUGGGAUAUGGGAACUUGUUACUAUGGUAACACUAACCCAGUAUUCAAAUGCACUGCAACACAACAGUCUACCACACAGUGGUGGUUAGGAGAACAGCUAUAGGGUGACCACACAGCACAUCUACUGACCUUGGAAUACGAAAGACUUCUGGAAAAUCAACUGAUUCGUUACUAUGGUAGCACUAACCAUUAUAUAAAUGCACUCAAUAAAUGGCCUGGAUCAUACUGACGGUUGGGACAAACAUUCUCCUAAUCAUUAGAAAAAUCCACCUACGCUAAUUUUUUAAAGCACUUUUUUAUCAUCAAAAUCAGCUCCUGAGUUGAUUCAUCUAUUGUGAAUUGUUUGUUGGUCAUCAUUUUUGUGGAAUGAUAUACAAUGCUGCCAUAUUGACAAAUUUCCCAAAUACAAAAAAAUUAACAUUGUCAAGAUGCGUGAUGAUGGCCAACUAUAUGAUGGCCCUGAAACCGCUCCUAGGCCCGUGCACACUUGGAUCUUCGUGAUCAGAUGAUCUUGAAAAAUGUAUAGGCAUUGGUUCGACAAUUAGUAUUUCAGUCGAGAUUUAUGACUCCAAGUCUGCCACUUUUUCUUGAAAAAGUUAUAAAACUUGAACGAAAGCACCAACACUUAAAAACGAUAUUUGAAAAUAGAUUACCUUUUGCUGGUUGUGUUUUCCAUAAAAAAUCUCGUGUCAUUGCCAGCCGGAAGCAUCGCACAGAAUCCGCCAUUAUUGUCAUAGGGACAUGUAGUUACGGCUCAAAGUUGUCAAUCAACAUCAGUAAUUGGGGUUCACACUUUUAGAAACAGGCUGAAUUUUUAAUUUUACUACUUGUUUCAUUCUUCAAACAGCUUAUUGAGCUUGCAUUAGAGAUAUCCGUCUGAAAGCCUACGAAUGGCUUUUUAACUAUUUAGUGAAAUACCUGCUCCUAGAAAAUUAGAUUCAGUUUCUUAAAGAAAAACUUUCCUGCAAAUUUAUCUUUAAAAGUGCAGACUCAAAUCAGCUUCACAUGAGAAACUCCACUACUUCGUUUCAAAGCUGAAGUCAAAACUGAACGAAUUAUACUGACUGAAGAUAAUUAUGACAUAAUAAUGACGUAAUGUGCGCGCGCAUUUGUAGCAAUCCCGAGCCCAGAGAGUUUUCCGGUUUUGUUCAGCGUGCUGAGCAGGCGCUAACGAUAAAGCAGGGAGGCGCUGGAGGACUAUGGGUACAUUAUUUAUUUGUGGUUAAUUCGAUAACUUGGCCCAGGCCACCUUUUUUCUUUUUUCUUUCCUUUUUUCAAAAUUGUUGCAUGAAAUAUCGGAUACAAAACAUGGAAAUAAAUAAUUCGUUAAACCAAAGUAUUAGGGGUUUCGGUGUUCGUUAAACUUAUAAUUUGACAAGCUGACGAAAGUAAAAAUCUCGGACCUCUACUAGAUCGCAAAAAUAUGAAAAGCGUUCUCGUUCGUCGAGUAAAUCGAAAAUUACG